AUGAAUGCGAUUCUGUUUAUUUCUCUCCUCUUUGUUGUCGACGUGUUCUCGUACAGCACAACUCGAACUCCGGCGCAUUUCGAAAUUGGCGUUGUGGGAAAUGAAACAUUUCUGGAUUCUGAGGAAGCAAAGAAGAGUGUUGGAAUGAAAAAACACAAAUAUGGCCCGUUAUUUAUUGCUUCUGCUGUCGGCGCUGGGCUUGGGGCCGGAUUCCUUAGAAUUAUAUUUUCUUAG